AUGCCGUACAACGCGACCAUCAAGGAGGAAGCCCAGUACGCCAGGAGCCUUGGGGACGGUGCUACCGAAGAUAAAUUCCAUGCCACAUACAGCGCGAUUCUGACAACCUGGUUCCCUAGCGACAAGGGCUACAUCAUCGACCAUCAGGUCAUGGGCGAGGGAGGCAAGCCAGAGUAUAUCAUCGUCCGUCACGCCGGGGGGAAGCGCAACCCCCUGCUCAUCGUCGAGCUCAAACGGCCGAGCAAAUGGAAUGACGCCGGUAAGAAAGAGGUCCUGUCGGAUCUCACGACCUACAUCGAGGGCCGCUUCGACCUUACGCAGUAUAAUACCAUCUAUGGCCUUGGCGGCAUUGGGCUGAACUGGAUGGUGUGCAAGAUGGAGAAGUCGGGGCAGCAUGUGCCGCAGACCAUUCUCGGGUGGCGGGCGGAUAUCAGCAGUGACCAGUCCUACACGGAUUUCGCGGAGGUUGCGGAUAAGAUUUAUCACAUUCAGUAA